AUGUCAAGCGACUCCAAGCACCGCCUUGCAGUAGCGCUACCCUCCGCCCUCCUCCGACGCACCGAGUUUACCGAGCUAGGAGUGCCGCAGCUACAGCGACUCUCGAACCGGCUAUGGGCGCGAUUUGAGCGCACCUGCGAACGCAUCGACCUCGAAGACGCGCUCAAAGCCGACCGCCGCAUCGUCGAGCUCACACGCGACGACGACCCAAAGCUCCCUGAACGGCUCAAUGGACUUUCGACGUCUCUCCUGACGCGCUUCAGUCAAUACAGCGAACCAGAUGACAUCGAUUGUGCGGUUGACGCCGACCAGCGCGCCGUGGAGCUCACGUUGGAUGGCGACCCAAUGCGCCCGCCGCGGGAGAGCAACCUCGCGCUUAGCUUGAAGACGCGGUUCGACCGCCUCGGUGAUGUCGGCGAUCUAGAGCGCGCCAUUGACGCACACCGUCGCGCCGUAGCAGCCACACCGAACGAUGACGCUCGUCUCCCGUUCAGGCUGAAUAACCUGGCAGCAUGUUUGCGGUGCCGAUUCACGCUCUCCAAACACUCCGCGGCGGUGAUCGACAUCGAUGAAGCGGUAGAUGCAGACCGACGCGCUGUAGCGUUGCUCGCGCCUGACCACCCGGACCUACCUCUACGCCUCGACAACCUUACUGUGUCCUUUAUCACCCGUUUUGACCACUUCGGGCAGCUCAUCGACUUGGAAAGCGCGGUCGAGGCAGGGGUCCGUGCCGCCAAGCUCGAAGACACCCGCCAUGCCCUAGCAAUCGUACCGUACACCCCGCCCGGGCGCCUCAUGCGGUUGAACAACCUCGCCGUUGCGCUGCUCCGCCGCUUUCACGUCUGUCAUGAGAAGGAUGAUCUCAAAGAGGCGUUGUUGACAUGGAACAAGGCGUCUGAGCUGGAGUUCAACUUCGGCGACAAUAGUCAUGGUCGCUGGGCUUUUCGCCAGGCGAUUUGCCAUUUGCUAUCAUACGAGCACUAUGGUGCCCCGCACAGCCUCACAGCGGCACUGCGGGAAUUUCGGCGAGCGGUCGCCGCUGUGGACGAGGACGACGUACGGCCGGAGAUCUCUGCGCGCAUGAACGGCAUCGCAACAUGUUUGCUUGCGCGCUUCGAGCACUACCGCGACCCCGACGACCUCGACGCAGCGCUCCAGGCCGACCGUUUGGCCAUAGCGUUUGCACCAGACGAUCCGGUGCAGCUGACGAACCUUGCCACGUCGCUGUACAUUCGCUUCCGUCAUCUCGGUGACGCCGACGAUCUCGCACAAGCGCUCACCACCGACCGGCGGGCGGUGGCACUCUCUCAAGACUGGGACCCCGCGCUACCAUCGCGGCUGAGCAAUCUAGCGUGUUCCCUGCGCGCUCAGUACCACGUCUCUGGAUCUGCGGAGCCCGCCGAUAUCGAGGAUGCUCUCACCGCGGAUCGACGUGCAGUGGAACUUGCGUCUGGGCGCCGCCCGACGCUAUUAGUCAACCUCGCAGCAUCCCUGAUAGCUCGGUUUGUCCGCUUUGGCGACCGGCGGGAUAUCGAGGAUGCCGAGGACGUCGCCCGCCGCGCUUUAGCUCUUGUUCCCGAAGGUCAUCCCCAGAGAGCGCGUAUGUUAUAUAGCCUUUCUCUCGUGCUCACCACGCGCUCUGCAACAUGCCGCACACAGCAAGACUUUGAUGUCAUUACUGCACUCCAUAAACGCAUAUUCGAACCUCCGCCGCAAGAAUACUAUAUCUUGCGCAAGGGCCUGCAUCUGGAAACCAGCGUCUUGCCUAUGGACCGUUUACACUACGCCCAGACGCACGUACGCUUCUUAACCGACACCGCAAACGCCGAAUUCUGCGGCCCCGAUUCAGAAGCGCUGCUCGUCGCGUACUCACGCCUCAUGAACGUCAUUCCCGAGCUUGUUUGGCACGGCCAUAGCCUGCAGCGCCAAAUCACGGAGGCCGGGCGCGCACGAGCCAUUGUGAGCGCGGCUGUGCAUGCGGCGCUCGGGGCGGGGAACGCGGUAAAAGCCAUGGAGUGGCUCGAAGCAGGCCAGAGCAUCAUAUGGACGCAGAUAUUGUCUGUAUACCGACUUCCGGCGGAGCUGCAGGAACGCCAUAACGAACUGGUGCUGCAACUUUAUCUCCUUCAAAGCAGGUUCUGGGAGAUGCGCGGUUGGUUGCUGGCAGACGAAUUGGAUGAUCUAAAGCGCAAGACCGACGUUUACGGCGAUUCGUUCGCGGAGAGCUACAGGCAGAAAGCAAUGGAGUACGACGAUAUGAUCCGCGCCGUGCGCGAUCAUGAAGGAUUCGAAGACUACAUGCGCCCGGUGCAAACGUUAGCUAGCUUCACUUCGUCGCCAGCAUUUGCUCGGCUACAAGCGCCGGUCGUCUUCCUCACUUCGUGCGAUGCGUUGAUACUGUUACCCGGCGGCGCUGUGAAACAUGUGCCUCUACCGCAACUCUCAAACAGUAAGGCAGAGCGGCUCCGCGUGACGUGGACCACGCUCGUCCAUUCACGCGCGCCACAGAGGCGCGGCGGCGAGCUGCCAACAUCAUCUGUGUUGAGAGCCUCGUCUCGCAAUAGUUCUGGUGCGCUCAGCCGGCGAGUGCUGGGGCUGCUGUGGAUAUGGAUCGUGCAGCCCGUCCUUGAAGCUCUUGACUUUAUCAAGCCAGCUGAAGAGACGAAUAACGGAACCCUCCCUCACAUUAUUUGGUGCCCUACUGGUCCUUUCACACAGCUACCCCUACAUGCAGCCGGCAUAUACGGCAGCAAAACGGGUGGUCCUCCACAACACGCCUUCGAUUUCGCAGUAUCAUCCUACACACAAUCUCUAUCUGCGCUCAUGCGCUGUCUGGACCCGUCCCGAUCAAAGGAGCAUGAGUCGGAGCGCCCGACGAUGCUGCUCGUCGCGCAGCGCGUCCCUGCGCGUCCCGGGUUAAGUUCGCUCCCGUGCGUUCGAGAGGAGAGCGAUUGCAUACGCGCGGUCAUGCAGAUGUCAGGAGGCCAGUUUUUCUACCUCAAGGAGGAAGGAGCCACAGUGGAGGACACGCUGGAGUGUCUGCGCGACGAGAGCGUACAGUGGGUUCAUUUCGCAUGCCAUGGCUCGCAAGGUCGCCCGGGUGCACCGAUGCUGUCUGCCUUUGAACUGCAUGACCGCUCGCUUACUCUAGCGGACCUCAUGCGGAGGAACCCUGAGAAAGAGCCAGAGCUGGCCUUCCUUUCCGCGUGCGAGACGGCUGUGGGCGACGAGAGUAUACCUGAGGAGUCUCUGCAUCUCGCAGCGGGGCUGUUGGCAGUCGGGUUCAAAGGUAUUAUUGCGACGAUGUGGUCGAUUCAAGAUGCGGAUGCACCGAUCAUAGUAGAGGCGUAUUAUAGGAGGCUACUCGAGCUGCGUACGGGCGAUGGGACGUGCGUGCACACUGGUGCAGCGGACGCGCUGCAUUACACGGUGGAAUUGCUGAGAGAUAAGGUUGGCGAGGAGGCGUUCGAGAGAUGGGUCCCAUUCGUGCACUUUGGCGUCUGA